AUGGCAAAAGAUGCAUUUUGCCACAGGCUCCCCUCUGUAAAGGGGAUUUUGCUCGUCAGCUGUCGACCAAUGGCGUUUCUGGGAGGAUCAUUGCGCGUGACGAAGAGCAUUAGCAGCCGAAAGAUGAUGGAGGGGAAGAGCCAAGGCGGGUUAGGGUCGUGGCGGCAGGCGCCAGCAGCCAUGAGGCAGCUCUUCUGGAGGGUGAGACGCGUCGUGCUGCGCCCGAAGCGCCGCACCGUGAGUUUCGGGUACGACCUCAAGAGCUACUCCCAGAACUUUGACGAUGGCCUCGUCCCUGCCCACCGCCUCUAG